CCUCCAUCUACCUUCGCACCCUUCUUGCUUCUCUCUUGGACAGCUCUAAAAGGCUCAAUUGAAAGAGUCAAACCACACCACACUCCACUAACCAGCACCACACCACACACCGGCGCUCACCAACUUGUUACUUUAUUAGUCACACUACCUCACCCAGCCGUAUAAAAGGCGCACACACACGACUACAACCCCACCCCCUCAUCUCAGCAUCCAUCCUUUCCCCCUUUACCACUCCGCAACCCUGGCUUACGUAGCAUACCAAACCAUGUCGAGUGCGGUGCCCAUCUCCGUCCGACAUAACGGCGCCGAUGCCUUUAGGCUCGACACCCACCCACACAGAGACGACUUCUCACACCACCGUCAGUCAUUCAAGAACACCCCCACAUCCCUGUCAAACUGGCUCAACAUCUCUGGAUCGGGCGGCUCAUCAUUUGACUGGAACAUGCUCAACAACAUCUCCAAGCUGGGCACGUCGGCCGAGUCCGACCGCGCCCGCUCAUUCAAGGCCUUCUUGGCCGCGGAGAACAACCCCUCCGCCAGGGAUGACUUCUGCCGCGAUUUCACCUGCUGCGGACUUGUCCUCCAGGACCUCCACUCCCUUCUCCAACACUACGAGGAUGUGCACGUUGUGGUGAUGGAAUCACCAGAGGUUGGACCGCAGAACCCUAAGGGUAUGGCAGCUGCAGCGUUCGACCCCUCCGAGAUGGAGCUCGAGCCCGGUCCUUCUAAAAACCAGAGUGGUAUGGCACAAUCCAGCAUGCAAUCGGCAUUUGAUGCCCAUGUCCUACGCACGGGUCCACGGGGGUCGUUCCCCUCCAUCCAGACUGGCUCUCGUACCACCUCCCCAUCUCGCUCAGGCACAUCCACCCCCAUGAGCCAGCGUUUCCCUUACUCAGGGCUCGACUCCCCGAAUUCUCCGGCAUCUUCCAUCACACCCGCGCUGCUCUCUGCACCAUCGACACCGCUCUCAUCUCGCCCAGGUUCGCCGACAUCGGGCAACUACUCCGACAGCACUAUGACCAUCUCACGACCUGCUUCUUCUCUCACUCGGAAUAAACCAUUCAAAUGCCCCACCCCAGGCUGUAACAAGCAGUAUCUCCAAGCGAAUGGGCUUAAGUACCAUCGUUUGCACGGGCAGUGUAACUUUGCUUCGAAGGACCCGAGCCUAGAGGGUCUUACAGAGCAGGAAGCGGAGGAGAAGCUGCGGCCGUACGCUUGUGCUGUCGGAGGCAAUUGCGAACGGCGAUACAAGAACAUGAACGGCUUGAGGUAUCACUAUCAGCAUUCGGGUGCACACGGUUCCAUCGGCCUUGCACUUCUUGCGUCUGGGCACCAUCAUGCGCUUCCUGGCAAGAGCGGGCAGAGCCACCAGAAGAAGAAGCAGGAUGGGCAGGAUGCAACAAACGGCCAGCAGACAGUUGCCGCCCAGCAAGGUCAGUGGCAUUCGCAGCUUCCACCAGUUCUGCAGCAGCAGCAACUUCUGUGGGAGCAGAACCCGUAUGCGGGGUAUGCCGUCCCGCAGAUGCACGACAUCAGCAUGGAUGUGUGAGCACGCUUUGCUGUUUUCUACGAUCUCGGACGCUUGGCUUCUCGGCAAUAUAUUACUUACCCUAAUGCGUGCCUGCUUCCUGCUCUCCACUCCACGGCUCUUUCCCUCCUCCGCCUACAUCAUGACCCCUAUAGACGCGACCAGCGCUCCGAACACGAAGAACGCCUGGUCGCCCUAAUGACUCCGUUCCGUGCUUGAUCUUUCGCUCUCCCUCUUCGUACAACACUCCGCUGGACGCGGCUAAUUCUGUAUCCACCACGGCACAAACCACGAACCCAACACAUUCAACAUUUUCUCCUGGUAUCCUCGUAUCAACUCACGCGGAACGUUCUGUCAACACUAGUCCUCCCUCCUCUCGGUCGUGGCGAUCAUGCCCCAGGCACGCCGGCUGGUUUCCUCGCCUCGGCAUACUCUUAGGUAUCUUCGUUUGUAUGUGUCUGUCCUGUUUGAUCUCUGUUCACUCUACCCCCGUGUCCUAUCUUUACACCAUCUUCUGCCCCGACGUGUUGCUCUUCCGUAUAGCCCUACACACCAGUUGAUCAGACUUGCAUUCCCUGGCCCGCGUUGACUAGAGUAGACAGCCCAGGGACAGCCAGAAUUGAUCAAGUUUGGAUAA